AUGCGGGCAUUUGAAUGGCUUUUCGCCGAAUUCGCUAGGGGUUCAACUGGGGAAGCGAAUGGAGUCGAGCUGGAAGGGUCCGCCGAUGACGAACUUGUGAGAUUGGCUACUGAAAUGGGAGAGUGUGCAGACGAUGGCGACGAUCCGGAAGGAGAGUGA